AUGACAAGGAAUCCAAUAUUGAGUGGGAGUAGGAGAAAUCGACUGAAGCAAGAAACCUCUCCUAAUUGGAGAAGGAAUAAUGUUGUUGGGCCCACCGUAUUGAUGGAUGGUGGAGUUGAGCAAGGGAAAAGUAUUAAUAACGGUGCACAAACAGAAUAUCAGGCCCAUGAUGGCACCGGGAGGCACUUCCCACACCACUCUGUGGCAGCUGCUGAUUCACUUGGGGAUAGCAUUUUGUUGAUCGUAGCCUUAUGCUUCCAUUCUGUCUUUGAGGGCAUUGAAAUUGGAGUUGCAGAGACAAAAGCCAAAGCCUGGAAAGCUUUAUGGACAAUCUCUUUGCACAAGAUAGUUGCAGCCAUUGCCAUGGGUAUUGCUCUCCUUCGUAUGGUGCCGAACCGGCCCCUUUUAUCAUGUGUAGCCUAUGCUUUUGCCUUUGCCAUUUCAAGCCCAAUUGGUCUGGCCAUUGGAAUCAUAAUAGAUUCCACCACUCAGGGUGCUGUGGCAGAUUGGAUCUUUGCCAUAUCAAUGGGUAUAGCAUGUGGAGUUUUCAUCUAUGUCUCCGUAAACCAUCUACUAUCAAAGGGUUAUAUACCCCAGAAGACCAUUGCAGUUGACACACCCUAUUACAAAUUAUUGGCGGUGUCGUUAGGCGUUGGCGUAAUUGCUGUUGUCAUGAUUUGGGACAUUUGAGAUCAUGCUGAACCGGAUGCGUGUCUGCUUCUUGAUUGGUUGUCUUUGUGGGAAGACUGCUGCUCUUGGCUUAGCUUCAUGAAAGAAGAUAAAUAUAUGUGAGACUUUCUUGAUCAUAUUACAUGGAAGAUAUAAUACAUGUACUAAGCAUCUUUCUACUUUAAAUCUUGUUCAUAGGUCUUGUAAGGGCAUAGAACCAGAAUUCAUGAAGAGAUAGAUUGGUCAUACCCUUUGUUAUUAUUUUUAUCAUUGAUUUUUCCAAUUGACAGAGCAAUGUAUAAGGGGGGCUUUACAAACUAUAAGAAAUCAUCAGUUGUGCUCU